AUGUCGCAAGCCUACUCCUUCAAGUAUUUUACCGUCCAGUUCCCAGCUGAGCAUCAAUAUGUUGCUCACGUGGAGAUCAACCGGCCGGAUAAGAUGAACGCCUUCUUCGAACCGAUGUGGCUUGAAAUGGGUCAGAUUUUCAAUCAAUUGUCCGAAGACUCAUCCGUCCGGGCUGUCGUUCUCAGUGGAGCUGGAGAGAAGGCUUUCACCGCCGGGUUAGAUGUCAAAGCUGCUUCCGAGGGCCUGCUAUCCGAGGGCACCGACACCGACCCUGCCCGCAAGGCCGCUCAUAUGCGCCGCCAUGUCGCCCAAAUGCAGGAUUGCAUUUCUGCCGUCGAGCGCUGCGAGAAACCCGUCGUGGUUGUUAUGCACGGGUUUUCGUUCGGUCUGGCCGUCGAUCUGUCAACCGCCGCGGAUGUGCGUCUCUGCUCCAAGGACGUGCGCAUCGCGGUCAAGGAAGUCGAUAUCGGUCUUGCAGCGGACCUUGGCACUUUGAGCCGGUUGCCCAAAGUGGUGGGCAGCGCUAGCUGGGUGAAGGAGGUGGCCCUGACCGCACGCGUGUUCGGGGCCGAGGAAGCCCUGCGUGUAGGUUUCGUCAGUGCUGUGCAUGAAAACCGCCAGGCCACAAUUGCGGCAGCUUUGAAGACGGCCACCUUGAUCGCAUCCAAGAGCCCGGUGGCGGUGCAAGGUACUAAGGAGGUCCUGAACUGGUCGCGCGACCACUCCGUGCAGGACGGUCUGCGCUACGUGGGGGUGUGGAAUAGCGCUGCCCUGCAAACCAAGGAUGUAUCUGCGGCGCUGCUGUCUGGGUUACAGAAGCGCACUCCGACAUUCGAGAAGCUGUAA